CUCAAAGAUUCUAUCCUAGCAGCUCAUUUUCCUAUAUAAGAAGAUGCAUAACAGACCAUUGGUAUGCAAGAGUUGGUCAUAUAGGACAUAAGUGGGCAACCAUAUGAGCAAUUCAAGUGUUAGGCCUCAAACAAACAAAAACUUGCAAACAAAAGAAGCACUACAGAUGAAAAGUGAAGUUCGAAGAAGGUUACAUGAGCAACUUGAGGUACAAAGACAUUUACAGCUUCGUAUAGAAGCGCAAGGGAAGUACUUGGAAGCAAUUCUUGAAAUGGCAAAAGAAACGAUUGGAAGACAAAACUUGAGUGAAGUGGGACGAUCAGAACCGGCCUCUAAAUUAUCAUCCGGUCAUCGACACAUCGCCUAAAUUCUGUGUUUAGAGGAAUCAAAGAUCAGUCAAACCAGCUAACAGAUUGUUCAAUAGACAGUUCUUUUACCAACAGUAAAAGUCAACAAAUGGAUCAUGAGUGUUAAAUAAUAUAUUUAAUCUAGACUUCUGAUAUAUAAUUAUAACCUAAUUAUUAUAAUUAAUCUGGUAGUUAAAGUAGUUAUUGGGUCAAAACAAUUAAACGUCCAACCGAUUUUUGAAAGAUUGUGCAAUGGUUGGAUGUGUCUAUUCAAUAUGUAUAUAUAUGUGUCUACUGUAAUCAGAAUAUUUGUACUUUGAUAUCAUAUACAGUAACCAUUUUAUGUUAA